ACUAUCGAUACUAUCGAUAAUUAUCGAUAGGUUUCCCAUCCCUAGAUUUAUUCUAGUUUUAAAAUCUCGAAAAUUUGCGGUGUUGCUCUGUUAAAUAUUCUUGAAAAGUGCUGUGGAUUCUACAAAAUCUAACUUUAUAUUAUUAUAAAAUCGAAAUCCUGCGGAGCUGAUAAGAAUUCCUCCUGAUAAUUAAAAAACCGGCACUUGAAACUAAUGCACCAAAGCGAAAAAAUGACUCAUUUAGUCUAAAACUAAACCGGGGAUUUUUUGAGUAGCGUAAAAAUAUAGGCUGUUUUUUUGCAGGAUGUCCUCGUGGACUUUCUCCUGGGUCUAUGUAUGCCCAUCUGGCCUACGGCCUUGGGUUAAGGGCUAUAACGAUCUCGCACCAUGUUUCCAGGAGAUCUGCUUACAGCUUCCUAUGCUGGUACUUUUUUCUGUGUUUUCUUCCUUCUAUUACGGGGCCAUACAACGACCCGUGCUUCGUAAUGCCACGCAAACACGAUUAUUACGGCUGCGGAUUGCUACAGCCGUAGGCCUGACAGUCGUGCCAGUGAUUAAAUUAUUCUACGUCAUUCGGAUACAUGGACAAAUUUAUCCGAUCGAUGUACUGUUAACGUGUGUUCAGUUCUUAGCGUGGGCAGUGCAUAUUGGAUUUCUCGGCAGUUCGAUUCGUCGAGGUUCGCUCAGUCAUCGUGGACCGCUGGUGAUAAUUGUACUAUGGACUUCACUGCUGGCGCUUUCUGCCAUUUGGGUGCAUACCAACUUACGAUCAGCGUAUUGGCCAUACUAUGUAGGUGACUUGCUGCUUUACGUUGGUUACGGACUCACGUUGAUUGCUCCCGGAAAUGCUCAUUACGUUCGCCUGCAGAGAACCUCUGACGACGAACAGCAAGCUUUGCUGUCAAAUACGUAUACCAGGUUCCUGGAAGACAUUGAUGAAUCGGCCUUGGGUUCGAUUCAGGAUGAUGCGAAUUGUUUGUCUAAGCUUAUUUUCUAUUGGGUCACACCAUUGAUUACAAAAGGAGUUGCUGGAAAGCUGCGAAAAAAUGACGACCUAUUCGAUCUACCUGAAUGUCUUAACAUAAACCAGAUUGCGGGCAAACUUCAGCGACACUUGGAUACUGUCCAAUCGCUUUUCAAAUCUUUGCACAAAAGCUUUGGUUGGGAAUUUUAUCUCAUUGGAAUUCUUCGCCUGCUAGCAGAUUUAUCUGGUUUUGCAGGACCAAUCCUGCUAGGAGGACUACUGCGCAGUGAAAACCAUACUAAUGGCACUGUUGGUCAUAUAACCGAUUGUGAGAACUGCAACACCACCGAUAUGCGACCCUACUUCUACGCUCUAGGUCUACUGACGUCAACGCUGAUAAGUUGCUUUGCGGGAGUGCAUUUUAAUUGGCGAAUGACAUUGAUCAGUAUAAAAAUGCGCAUGAGUUUAGUUACUGCAAUCUAUCGCAAAUCAUUAACUGCGAAAGGUCUGCAAAAUGCCAAACCGGAUAUACUAAACCUGAUGUCAACCGAUACCGACCGCAUCGUGGGCUCAUGCAUCAGCUUCCAUUCGAUGUGGAGCAUACCGUUCCAGUUAUUCAGCACCCUGUACUUGCUCUACACACAACUUGGUCUGGCAUUUCUUGCGGGGGUUACUUUUGCUGUUAUUCUUAUACCGAUAAAUCGGAAAAUUGCCAUGGAAAUAGGACAACUUUCGCAGGGUUUGAUGACAGCAAAGGAUGCUCGCAUUUCGAUUACCACCGAAACAAUAACCGGUGCGAAGCAAAUUAAGCUUAACGCCUGGGAGGACGUGUUUAUCGACAAAAUCGAACGCGCCCGUCAGGUAGAGGUUGGAUUUCUUUCAAAGCGAAAAUAUCUGGAUGCGCUAUGUGUGUAUUUUUGGGCUACCACGCCGGUGUUAAUGUGUUUGCUGACUUUCGGCACCUCUGUAUUGCUGGGCAGUACUCUCACAGCCGCCACCACGUAUACCAGUGUGGCGCUAUUAAACAUGCUGAUUGGACCACUGAAUGCCUUUCCAUGGGUACUCAACGGUUUGACUGAAGCAUGGGUAUCGCUCAAACGAGUGCAGGAACUGGUUGAUCUUCCAAAUAUCAAUCUGGCUGAAUACUACAAACCGCUACAUGCAACGGACACAACGUUUUCAAACGCUUCCCGCCAUCCAGUGGUUAUUGCCAUUAGGGACGGUCACUUUGAGUUCGAGACCCAACGUAGCCGAAGUGAGCUGAAUCUCGUUCAGGAGGACAUCCUUGAUUUUAGAUUUGUUAAUUUAAACCUUCAAAUUCGACAAGGUGAAUUAAUCUGCCUAGAGGGCCCCGUAGGUGGUGGUAAAACAUCGCUGCUACAGGUACUGCUUGCUAACUUCAAAUGCACACAGGGUGUAGUGGCACUUGCCAACAUGGACGAUGGUUUUGGAUACGUAGCACAAACUGCUUGGUUGCAACGCGGUACGAUUCGGGAAAACAUUCUAUGGGGCGAAAUGUACGACGAUGCGCGUUAUAGAGCCGUUAUUCAUGCGUGUGCUCUGAAUUAUGAUUUGAAUUUACUGAAAGGAGACGGCACUGGAGUAGGAGAGCAAGGAAGAACAUUGUCGGGAGGGCAAAGGGCUAGAGUCGCCCUCGCGAGAGCGAUCUAUCAGGACAAGAAAAUCUACCUACUGGAUGAUAUUCUAUCGUCUUUGGAUGCCCAUGUCGCGUCGCAUGUCGUACGGCACUGUAUUUUUGGUCUGUUAAAAGACAAAACACGAAUCAUCGUUUCCCAACAUCCGGUGGUUUUGAGUCACGCAAAUCAAAUUCUGCAUGUAGAAAAUGGUACUGUCAGCCAAAGCGAUAUCAGCAGUACCGCUUCCUUGAUAAGUGACCUCGAGGACGACGGCGACAGUAUGCCACCCAAUUUUAACGUCGAUUACGAACCGCAUUCGGCCAAAGAAGAAGACUCCAAGAGCGUUGAUAGUAUAAUAGCGGACGAAACCCGCGAAUUUGGUCAACUGGAUAAGAAAGUACUGGGAGCUUAUUGGCGUGCAAUGAGUCGUUCGCUGGGUUUCUGGGUUGUUUUUGUCGUACUAUUAAUGCAAUUGUCUAGAAACCUGACAGAUGCCUGGUUGGCGUAUUGGGUCGGUUCCUCAACACCAAGUCCAUCCCCAGUUCCAGAAAACAUUACUAUGUCAGAGAUGGUUCAGCUGGAUGAGAGCUGGAGCUUAUCCUCCAUCCGAAGCUUACUUACAAUGAUACGGGAUUUCCUGGUAUCAAUAGGCAAAGGAAUUGAUCAUCGAUCUACACUAGCAGUAGAGCUGCAGCAGGAAGCGCACUUUGAAGAAGGUGAAAAUCGUACAUUAACGUUUUACUACCUAGGAAUCUAUAGUGCUUUAGCAGUGGGAAAUUCUAUCAUAACGUUCAUCCGUGCUUUCCUGUUCGCCUAUGCUGGUAUAAAAGCGGCCAAAUGCAUGCACGAUAAACUUCUUAAAAGUGUCAUUUAUACAAAAUUUGAAUUCUUCGACGUUGCACCGCUAGGCCGCAUUUUAAACCGCUUUUCCUCGGAUGUAUACACAAUCGACGACUCGCUGCCAUUCAUUUCGAACAUUCUAUUGGCUCAGUUUUUCGGUUUGCUGGGAGCGUUAGCCGUGAGUCUUUACGCGAUGCCAUGGCUGGGUUUACUUGUUGUUCCACUAUGUCCAAUUUAUCUCAGUCUGCAAAACCAGUACCGAUUCGCAUCCAGGGAUAUUAAGCGAUUAUCUAGCAAUGCACUGUCUCCGCUUUACGCCCAUUUUACCGAAACAUUGCAAGGCAUGGAAACGAUUAGGGCUAUGCGCGGCGAAGCUCGCUUCAAGCGGGACUUUAUUUUUAAACUAGGCGAAAGUAUCAGAGCGCAACUGUCGGCUGCCGCAGCCCAACAGUGGCUUGGAUUGAGGCUUCAGCUACUCGGAGCUUUUCUUGUUGGCGGAGCGGGACUGUUGGCAGCUAUCACCUCCGCGCAUUUAACUUCACCCGAAAUGGUUGGUUUAGCUAUUUCCUAUGCUCUUUCCAUUACGGGUUUGCUGUCAGGGCUGCUGAACGCCGUUUCCGAAACCGAACAGGAAUUUGUGGCUGUAGAACGGGUCAAUCAAUAUUGCGAACUAGAGCGUGAAGCGAAUUAUGAAGGUACUGCCGAUCCUCCAUUUGGUUGGCCAUAUCAAGGUGUUGUGGUAUUUGAUGAUGUGUUUUUACGUUAUCGAGAACACUUGCCCCAUGCAGUGAAAGGAGUUUCGAUGCACAUAUCGUCUUGCGAGCGGGUUGGCAUCGUUGGAAGAACCGGAGCAGGAAAAAGUUCCAUUCUAGCCUCCAUGUUGCGAGUAACUUCUCUUUCCCAGGGAUCAGUUACAAUCGAUAACGUUAACAUUGCCACACUUCCACUGGAUGUAGUACGAAGCCGAAUAGCCGUAAUUUCGCAGGACCCAUUUUUGUUCAGCGGAACUGUUCGUGAAAAUCUGGAUCCUCGCGGUCUUCAUUUAGACUCAGAAAUAUGGGAAGCAAUUACACGUUGUUUGGCCAGUCCAUUGAUCCAGGCGCUGGGAGGUCUAAAUGCCCGUUUGACCGCUAAUGGAUCUAACCUUUCUGCCGGCCAAAAACAACUACUAUGCUUUACUAGAGCAUUGCUGAGAAAAUCGAAAAUUGUCCUAAUCGACGAAGGGUCGGCAAAUCUCGACUACGAAUCAGAGUCCGCCAUUCAACUAGUAUUGAAAAAUGCCUUCCGCGGCCGGACUGUGAUAUUAAUUGCUCACCGACUGAAUGGACUGCAGAAUACCGAUCGUAUCAUCGUGAUGAAAGAUGGAGAAAUAGCCGAACAGGGAGUGCCUCAUAAGCUGGCACAAAAUGCGAACUCGCUUUUCCGUUCGAUGCUACAGGAGCAACAGAAUAUAGAAUUUUCCUACAAUUAGACUGCUCUUUGAAACUGUUUGAAUACUAAAAUUAGAAAAAUCAAAGUUUUCUAUAACCUGUUUUAAAUAUUGAACAUUCACAUUCAUAAAGAAUUUGUCUUAUCUUUCCUCUACUUUAUUGUAAGUAAUGUUUUAGUUUAUAGUUUAGAUUGUUUAUGUAGGCAUAAAAAUAUUUGUUAAAAUAUCGAA